AUGCCAUUAGCUCACAAUUUAAAUAAAGUUACUAAGAAUUUAUCAAAAUCAACAGGAUCAAUACAUAUAAAAGGUCGUAAAUUUAAGCAAUUAAAUAGAGCAACCGUUCGAGAUAAGAAAUUAAAAAAACAAAAAUUAGAAUCAAUAGAAAAAAAAUCAAAUGAGUUACUAAUUGUUACUUUUAUACAAAAUCAAAUACAGAAUGAUGAUAAUGAAACAUAUAGUCUUGAUGAAAUCAAAAAUUUUAUUGAAGAUUUCAUAAAUAUAGAUCGAGAAAAACUAGCUGAAGAAUCAAAAAAUCAUAGAAAAGGAAGACCAAUAUCAACAAAACAAAAAUUAUUAACUGAAAAAUUAAAGCAUGCAGAACAUUUAUUUGAAACAGGUUAUAAAGUACCUGAUUUGGGUGAUGCAGAAACAGUAACUAGAUUAAGAAGUUGGAAUGGAACUACUGGUGCAACUACAGGCUUCAAAUUCAUACAUAUUACGAAAUCAAUGAAAGAAUUUCCUACAAAAGAAGUAGAAAUGGAAUAG